CGGAAUUGUCUAAGCGAUUGUCCGCUGUAUGCUUUAACUGCAACUUCGUCGUUUAUUGGCAUUUCUAUUGCUGGAAACAGAACACAACUAGUGAAGCCGAAAUAUGCAGCAUGUUUCUGAGAAGAAAGAUCCCCCUCUGUCCCUGUCCUGUCUGCGCCUCCUGGUCCCCCCGCUCCGGCUUGUCUCUGCAGUAAUCUGGGCAACUGUCCAGCAGAAAGUUGUGGCCAAUUACGGGCUGCUGGAUGACUUUGUGACAGCAGUCACAGAGAUUGUCCCACAGCUUCUUACUCGCAGACAGAGAUGUUUGCUGAGCCUUGGCCUCCGGGCUCAGCUGACACUGGAGUUGUGUCGCCCAGAGCAGACGAUAGACCUUGAGACCAUUCAGCCACACCUUGACAUAGUCACUUCACUGUGGAACACAGAGAUACGUGAUUCAGGAGAUGGAUCAUCUGCAACAAACCUCCUCAGUCUUGUUAAGACCCUCAUUAAAGACCAGGAGGAGAGACAGCACUUCUUCCAGGACGUUUUCCCUGCAAGAUUUGGAGACAAGUACUUUGAAGAUAUACAGAUGCUUGUGGAGAUUUUCCUCUUGCAGCUUGACAAGUUGCUCACUGUACCGAAUCUUAAACAGGUUUCCAGUAUGCUCAGCGAUGUGCCUUCAGUUCUGUCCGAAUGUGUCAAGUGUUUCUGUCAGUCUCAGGAAUUUAAAUCUCUUCUGGAACAUCAAAAAGAUCUCAGUCAGCUAAAUGAAAAUGAUAAUCCAGCAGUUGGGGCCAGCAUUUGUUCAGCUCUCUGUCUGCCACCUUUGACAACAGUCUUGACAGAUCGAGAAGAAACACCACCAGAGGCAAAUAUGUUAACUGAUUACAUGGACGCAUUCAACAAAGAACUGACGGUGGAGACUGCUACGCUGGGAAAAAGUGCAGAUUAUGUUAAAACGCAGAGUGACAAACAAAAAAGGAGCGAGACAGAAACCAGAGCUCUGAAGAACCAGUCCUACGUUAACAGUGAAGGAGUGGAGGGUGAGAUCUCGUGCUCUGUUCAACGUGUUGAGCCUUUGGAUGGGGAUAAGAGUGCAGAGUCUUGUGCUGUUGAGGUCCAAGUAGGUUGUAAUGUUGAAAUUUUUGCUGAGGAAGCUGUUACCAGAGAGAAAAAAACGUCUGUUGAAGACUUGGUGAUGGAUAUCAGAGAUGACGAGCAAAUUGAGGCAUUAGUCAGAACCGCAGAUGACAGUGAUUCCAGAGUCAUGAGAUCUAGUGAGUCUGAAAACUGCACAAAAGAAGAAAGCAAGGAGGUCAGCGUGAGCUCAGUAACUGGUGAACAAGUGAAAAACACCAACGUAUCUAAUGUAGUGCUGCCACCUGUACAGUAUGCACCUGUUGUGAUCACAUCCCAAAGACCAGUCAGACAAUACCGACGCCUGAAAAUGAAGAAUGUUUCAAUGAUACCCAAAAACGAUCAGUCAAAGAAAGGACCCCGAGUUCAACCAACCGGCAAGACUUGUCCCACAUGUGGUAAGACAUACAGUCGCGCAUCGGAUAUGAGAAGGCAUCAGAGAAGCCACACAGGAGAGCGGCCUUUCCAGUGUUCGCGGUGUGAGAAAUGCUUCCAGUUCCAGUACGACCUGAAGAGACAUGAGUUAAACGUGUGUCGAAUCACUGUGUCACAGCCUCAAAACUGGUCUUCUGAGGCGGCACCUGAAGACAAAAACACUGAGGACCCGAAGCAGGAGGAAGUUCACGGCCGCCUCCGAACUCUACCUUCAGAUGUUACGACUCAUGAAUGUCUGGUAAAUCAGAAACAAGUGGAGGCUCCUCCAGGAGACGUGGUACCCCUUCCCACCAAGCAAGACCUCCAACCAUCCGACAGCAAAAUCCAGUCAGGAGACAUAAAGGAGCAGAGCGAGGAACAUUGUCCAGGUAAACAAAGGGGCAAGAAGUCGAAAGGUUUUAAGCUGAAAAAGACAGAUACGUCACUGUAUUGUGUGGAGUGUGACAAGUCGUUCCCAGACUCAGCAAGACUCAAAACGCAUAAUCUGAGACACAAAACUCGUCCAUGCACCAAGUGUGGUCAGAGUUUCAAAGGUUUCAUAGACCUCGACCAGCACUACGUCGAAGUGCAUGACUUCAGGGGACCUUUUCCCUGCGCUUUGUGUGAACGAGCUUACACGGAUCUGAGAGGUCUGCUCAGGCACGAGAGGUUCCACACGGGCGACCUCCCUUUCAAAUGCCCCAAGUGUCCCAAAGCGUUCAGCUACGCCUCUGCUCUGACGCUGCAUGACCGAACUCACACAAAAGAGGCUCCGUUCCUCUGCUGGGAUUGCGGGAAAGGCUUCAAGUCCAAUGCCGCCCUGAAGAUCCACAGGCUGUGCUGCCACAGCAGUGCCAAGGAGAGGCGCUUCUGCUGCGAGCACUGCGGGAAGGCCUACGCGCUCAAGAGAAGCUUGGACCUCCACGUGGCAAAGUUACACACCGGCGUGCGCUACCCGUGCUCCCACUGCGGCAAACUGUUCCGAAGCGCGAGCUCGUUGACGAGACACGACCUGACCCACACAGAGGAAAGGCCGUACUCGUGCGGCGAGUGCGGCAAGAGUUUCAGAUCGGCAUCGGAGCUAAAGAUACACACCCGCUAUCACACCGGGGAGAGACCGUUCAAGUGUCAAGAAUGCGGCAAGGGCUUUGUGCAGUCUUAUUACCUCACCGCACACACGAGGAUGCAUACGGGAGAGAGGCCGUAUCAGUGCCCAACAUGUGACAAAUAUUUUAAAACCACGGGUAUCUUGAAGAGACACCAGAUGACUCACACAGGAGAGAAACCCCAUAAAUGCUCCGUCUGUGAAAUGGCCUUCAGUCGGCUCGAGCUUUUAAAAGCUCACGCAAGGAAAUUUCAUUAAAUUUGUGUAAUUUAUUCAUUUGAAACAAAAAAAAAUGUUUUG